AUGCAGGCAGGAGUCCGACAUCACGUUGGUGAACUUGCUGUUCGGAAGAAACGGCGGCUGUUGGCUCGGUGCUUUCAAUACAAGCGCUUGCUUUCGCGUAGUUUGAAAUCUGAUUUGUCCGCAGCCCAGGUUAUGGAACUUGUUGCCCUUAAAAAGCAACUGGGGAAAGGUUUUGGUGACAAUCUGUCCUUGCGUCACGUUCUUGAGCAUAUCAUUGUCAUUCAGGGCGAGCUGCGCAGGCUUGAGGAGGCCAACCGCAAUGCCAAUAUUAGAAAUUGGCGUCGCAAAAUGGUUGCUGCGGACGCUGAGUUGUCGCGGUGGCUCAAGAGUCUUUCCAGCCCGGUUGGUGUCUCGGUUAUUUUUCAGCAAGGACGUUUGGCUGAAUCUGAUGUGGAUGCUGCUCAAGCAGUCCAUGAAUAUUGGUCGGAUUUUUGGAAUCAAGCUCGUGCCCGUCAACCCGGUUUGUCUGACCGUGUUGCUUCUUUGCUUGCUGGUCUCUUUUGUGGUGCUGCUUGUUCUUGGGAACCGCCCUCCGCCCAACGCCUUCGAGCCAUCGCUGCUGGUGGGAAAGGUAGUCAUGGGCCGGAUGGUUGGACCUCGCGUGAAGUUGCUCCGUUGCCAUUUGAAGUGUUCAAGGUUUUCGCUAUCCUUGGCAAACAUUGGAUGUUGAGUGGCAAUGUGCCAGCUCAAUUUUGUGAAAGUAGAAUGAUUUCCUUGGCCAAGCCUGGUAAGGUCAAUAGUUUGAACCAGAUUUCAGUCACGAAUUUGAGACCCAUCACUGUGAUGUCGGUCUGGUGGCGAAUCUGGGCCAGUGCUUGGGCCAAAGGUUGUUUGCGGGCUUCGAUGUGCCAACGCGUGCCGCGACACUUUGCUGUUGCCCAUGCUGUUUCUACUGGGGAGGUUAUUGUUGAUCUUCUGGACAAGUUGAUGGCUGGGGGCUACAUUGCUAGCUUGGAUUAUUCUAAGGCUUAUGAUCUGCUUGAUCCCAGUGUCACUAAAAACCUUUUGGUUCACUUGGGUUGGGAACCCAACUUUGUUUUGGUCGCGACCAAAGUUUGGCUUUAUCAAGAGCGUUGGGUUUCUUUUGGUGUUCGCACUCAUGCCGUCCGCACCCCUGUGGCGCCUGCCAUGCCUCAAGGGGAUCCGUUAGGACCAUUGGUGAUAGCCUUGUGGACUUGGGCUGGGUGGGCAUCCGUUGAAAGCGUUUGUACUCGUUCUGGUGUUUUUGUUGGUGACCGUGCCUUCAAUGGUGCGCAG